AUGUCUAGUCCAUCAAAGAAGAGGAAGCUCAACAGCGGCGCAAAGCAGCCGGCAGCUCAAUCAAAGGGAUUGGAGUAUUUCUUUUCUAAGCAGAAGCAGUCUGAAACCUUGAACAAAUCCACUGGACAAGAUGGCGCCUCAAGCAGCGCACCUGCACUCACAGAUGAGGAGCUGGCGCGGAAGCUACAAGCUGAAUGGGAUCAAGAAGUAGCAAAUGAAGCUGCUGCUGUUCGAGGAAGCCAGAACUCAACACCCAAAACCGAGGGUACGGAAACCAUAGCGGAGACAGCAGACAGUGACUCAACGCCUACUUCUACGAGUCGACUGGUGGAAUCCACAGCUGAGAUCACUCCUCGGAAACAAGAUGCAAAGAAGACUUUGGUUUUGCAGUCUACUGGAAUGGCUGAUGACCUAAUAACGGAAUCUAUUCCUCUCGAUGAAUCGCCGCUCAUAUUUGACCCAUCAAUAUACAUAAAAGAGCUUCAGGAAUACUGGGCGGCAGAAGGAGGAAAUGCGUCCUAUGCUCUCCUGACCAGGUGUUUCGUGCUUGUCAGCGGAACAACAAGCCGUAUCAAGAUUGUUGAUACCCUUGUAAAUUGUCUACGUAUAUUAAUCGAGAGCGAUCCUUCCAGCCUCUUGCCCGCCGUCUGGCUUGCUACAAACUCUAUAUCGCCUCCGUACAUCUCCAUGGAACUUGGUAUAGGAGGGUCUGCCAUCUCCAAGGCCCUUCGCCAGGUGUGUGGCCUAGACAACCGAUCUCUUAAGGCUAUUUACGAUAAAUACGGAGAUCCCGGUGAUGUUGCCUUUGAAGCAAAGAAGAAGCAAAGCUUUACGCUGAGAAAGCCGAAACCUUUAACUAUAAAGGGUGUUUACCAAUCACUGGUCAAGAUUGCCACUACUCAUGGGCAGGGGAGCGGCGAGACGAAACAGCGAAUUGUGGAUCGGCUGUUGCAAGAUGCACGGGGAGGUGAAGAAAGCCGGUUCAUUGUUCGAACUGUCUCUCAAUACCUUCGCAUUGGUGCUGUCAAAACCACCAUGCUUAUUGCAUUAUCUCGAGCAUUCUUGCUAUCUAAAGCUCCAGGCUCAGAAUACAGCACCAGGAAUAUUACAGCACUAAGCAAACUGAAGAAGGAAGAAUUGGCAGAAGUCUGGAAUAAAGCAGCAGAGAUUGUCAAAGCAAGCCAUGCACGGCAUCCCAAUUACAACGAUCUAAUUCCGGCACUCCUCGAGGUUGGAGUCUGUGAAGAAUUGCUUCUGCGCUGUGGCUUGAAGCUUCAUGUGCCUCUGCGCCCCAUGCUGGGAAGCAUAACUAGAGACCUUUCCGAGAUGCUCACAAAGCUACAGGGAAGAGAUUUUGCUUGCGAAUUCAAGUAUGACGGGCAGCGCGCACAAGUCCACUGCGAUGAAAAAGGCAAAGUAUCGAUAUUUUCUAGACACCUAGAACUCAUGACAGAAAAGUAUCCUGAUCUUGUUGAGCUUGUGCCCAAGAUUAGAGGAGAAGGAAUUAACAGCUUCAUCAUGGAAGGAGAAGUUGUCGCGGUUGAUCGAGAGUCUGGAGAGCUGAAAAAUUUCCAGACGCUGACCAAUCGUGCGCGAAAGGAUGUUGCGAUUGGAGAUAUCAAGAUUGAUGUAUGUCUUUUCGCCUUUGAUCUCAUGUACCUCAACGGGCAAUCUCUUUUGGAUCGACCAUUUCGAGAAAGACGAGAGCUUCUUCGAUCCCUCUUUAUUGAGAUACCGCAUCAUUUUACAUGGGUCAAAAGUCUGGACGCCACCUCCGGAGAUUCGGAAACAGUGCUUGAAUUCUUCAAAGCGGCACUGGAAAACAAGUGCGAGGGCAUCAUGGUCAAAAUAUUGGAUAAUUUACCUGAUCUGCCCUAUGUGGAAGGGGAAGCUGAGCCAGAACAAUCAGUGGAAGACACAGAAAAGCUAUCAUUACCGAAAAAUAAAACAAAAAGCAAAGGCAAAUCGAAAAAAUCUACGAAAGGCGAUGCAGAGGAAAAAUCGAUCAAUACUCGACGAAAGCCGCUUUUAGCAACGUAUGAGCCAGACAAACGUCUAGACUCUUGGCUAAAAGUCAAGAAAGAUUAUAAUUCAACCUUUGACACACUAGACAUGAUUCCUGUUGCCGGAUGGCAUGGCCAGGGCAGGAAAGCGAAAUGGUGGUCUCCUAUUUUAAUGGCCGUUCGUAAUGAAGAGAGCGGGACACUUGAGGUGGUGUGCAAAUGCAUAUCAGGCUUUACAGACACCUUUUACAAGGCAAACAAGGACUUUUAUGACGAUGGAGAAGAAAGCGGUGAGCCGAAGAAUACUAAGCUACAGAAGCCGAGUUUUAUAGAGUAUUACGGGCCGAGUCCAGAUGUGUGGUUUGAGCCACAAGAGGUCUGGGAAAUGGCAUUUGCAGACAUCACGCUUAGCCCGGUUUACACCGCAGCUAUCGGGCUUGUGAGCGAUGAGCGAGGGCUCAGCUUACGAUUUCCGCGUUUUUUGAAGAAGAGAGAGGACAAGAGCAUUGAUGAGGCCAGCACAAAUGAGUUUCUGGCCAACUUGUGGAGGAAGCAGGAAGCAAAGGCAGAAACAUCGACGUCGAAGGCUGAUGGAGCGGAAAUGGAAGAUGCUCAGGAUGGCGAUUUGGAUGACUAA